UGCUGUUGAGGUUAGGUGUUUUUGUCUCUCUGUCCAUGUGUGUACUUGAUGAAAAAUGGCAGAAGCCAGUAUUUUAUGGGCUCAGGACCAGUUCAGCUGCCCAAUCUGUCUGGAUCUACUGAAGGAUCCAGUGACCAUUUCCUGCGGACACAAUUUCUGUAUGGACUGUAUUAAAGGCUGCUGGGAUCAGGAUGAUCAGAAUGGAGUCUACAGCUGCCCUCAGUGCAGACAGACCUUCAGUCCAAGACCUGCUUUAGGCAAGAAUGUGAUGUUUGCUGAAAUGCUGGAGAAACUGAAGAAGACUGGACUUCAGACUGCUGUUCCUGCUCAGUGUUACGCUGGACCUGGAGAUGUGGAGUGUGACAUCUGUACUGGGAGAAAACACAAAGCUGUCAAGUCCUGUCUAGUGUGUCUGAACUCUUACUGCCAAAAUCACCUUGAGCAACACGAGAGUUUAUUUAAAGGUAAGAGACACAAUAUGAUUGAUGCAACUGGACGACUACAUGAGAUGAUCUGCAGAAAACAUGAUAAACAGCUGGAGAUCUACUGCCGUUCUGACCAGCAAUGCAUUUGUUAUCUGUGUACAAUGGAUGUACACAAAAAUCAUGAUACUGUGACUGCUGUGGAGGAGAGGAAUGAAAAACAGAGCCUUUUGGAGGAGACUCAAAGAAAAUAUCAACAGAAAAUCCAGGAGAGAGAGAAGAAGCUUCAGGAGCUGAAACAGGCUGUGAACUCUCAUAAGCGCUCUGCACAGACAGCAGUGGAGAACAGUGAGAAGAUAUUCACUGAGCUGAUCCUCUCUAUUGAGAGAAGCCGCUCUGAGGUGAUACAGCUGAUCAGAGAUCAGGAAAAGACUGCAGUGAGUGAAGCUGAAGGAUUCUUGAAGCAACUGGAGCAGGAGAUUGAUGAUCUGAGGAGGAGACAUGCUGAGCUGGAGCAGCUUUCACACACAUAUGAUCACAUCCAUUUCCUGCAGAGUUUCAAGUCUUUCUCUGUUCCUCCUGGAUCUACAUAUAUAUCCAUCAUCACUAUCAGUUCUCUCUUUUCUUUUGAUGAUGUGGGAAAAUCUGUUUCCAGACUGAAAGAAAAACUGGUGGAUUUCUGCAAAGAAGAGAUCAAAAAAAUAUCUGACGAAGUAACAUACAGAAAAAUCAUUGCUCCCAAAGAACCUAAAACCAGGAAGGAGUUCCUACACUAUUCCAGUCUGCUCUCUCUGGAUCCAAACACAGUGAACAAAAACAUCUGUCUGUCUGAGGAGAACAGAGUGGCUACUUACACUAAUACAGUUCAGCAGUAUCCCGAUCACCCAGACAGAUAUAAUUAUUUCUACAAGGUGUUGUGUAGAGAGAGCGUGUGUGGACGCUGUUACUGGGAGGUUGAGUGGAGUGGUGGGGUGGGUAUAUCAGUGACAUAUAAGAGCAUCAGGAGGAAGGGGAAGGGUGAUGAGUGUAAGUUUGGAUGUAAUGAUCAGUCCUGGAGAUUGUUCUGCUCUAACUCCAGUUGCUCAUUCUAUCACAAUAACAAAUGCACUGCUCUCCCUGCAGUGUCCAGCUCCUGUAGAAUAGGAGUGUAUGUGGAUCACAGUGCAGGAACUCUGUCCUUUUACAGCGUCUCUGACACAAUUACCCUCAUCUACAGUGUCCAGACCACAUUCACUCAGCCGCUCUAUCCAGGGUUUUGGUUAAAUGAGGAUUCAACACUGAAAUUAUGUAGAUGUAUCAUAAUGUAGAUGAUAAAAAUAGUGUCAUACCACAACUAUGACAAAUCUGUAACAGUGAGAUAAACCUCAGAAUAUGAUUAAACCCUUCACGCCAACAAUAACAUUUUUAAACAAUGACAUUAUUAUUAUUUUUUUCUUCUGAGUAUUGUAAUGCUUACAGCACUGUAAAGAGUAGCAGUGUUUUUCCAAAGAUGCAGAAUUGUGUUUCACCUAAUUAUUGUUGAGUCUGUGAGUAUGUGUCCAUGCUCAAAGUACUGGCACCCUAUUAUUCAGAAUUACUGUUGUACUUUUACUGCCUUAAAAUUGAAUGACCAAAUGGUAAAUUAUAGAAACAUUAAACGUGAUGAUUGAUUCAUUUGUUUUGAUAUAAGUUCCUAUUUGAACAUUUGAGCAUUAUUUUGUUAAUGACUAGUGAAGGAUAGGCCUUCUGACUUUUACUUCAUAUAAAUUCAUUUCUUUGGAAAUAAAUGUGU